AUGAUACAACAUGCGUCAGCCUAUACCAUACUGGAGAAACUGGGUAGCCUAAGACAAGACGAAGUCCCGAUUACAAGACAAGCUGACAAGCUAGCAAACAUUCGCGAACAUAUACGAAAGAACCUUGAGUUAGCGCAAGACAGAGCAGCUAACACGUACAACAAACGUACGCGAGUUGUGAAUUACCGGGAAGGACAAGAAGUAUUCCGGAAAAACUUCGCUCUUAGCAAUUUUAAGCAAGGCGUAAAUGUUAAAUUCUUGCCUAAAUAUAUCAAGUGUCGUGUUCUGCGAAAGAUAGGCAAUGCUUUGUACGAUUUAGAGGACUUGAAUGGCAAACCAAUCGAAUUACGAAAACCACCCUGA